AUGAACGAUACUUCCAACAACAACAACAACCUCGCCGACCCUGCAGUUACUGCAGCUGAAACCUCUACACUCCCCACCACCAAUGUCGACAUCACGGAUUCUGCUCCUGAGACUGCUGCUGCUGCUGACAAUGCCAGUGACAGCAAAAAAGGUCACGUCAAUUGGAGUGAUGAGGAAGACUUGAAGCUGGUAAACGCCUGGCUCGACACUUUCAAGGACUCCAAAAGAGGUGCCGACCAAAAAAGGCUCGACCUUUUGGAAAAACGUCACCGAGAAGUUCGAAACCAACGGCAACAGCCACAACAGAGAUUUGAAGGGUCUCAAGAAUCGCUGGAUCCUGAUCUCGGCUUGUUGCGCAAGACAGGCGGGUUGCCCGUCGUUGCCAAGAAAAAAGAUGAAGCAUCUGAUCCAGCAGAAGAUGCUGAGCGGCCCGUUGGCCAGGAAAAAGCCAAGGCUGCCAGCCUUGCAAAGAAGCAACGUUUUAACGACGAUGAUGCUGAGAAGCAAGAGCGGGAGAAGAAGAGAGAGGAGAGGGCCGUAAAGCAGACCGCUGCCAUGGAGAAGAACGCCGUCGCUGCCGAGGAAGUCAUCAGACUUCAAAAAGAUAUCAUACGACGCAAGUGGUUUGCGAUGAAGCAAGCAGCCAUCAUGAAGACAUAUGAGCAGGAAGAAGACGAAUGA